AUGCCUCCCGCUGCCACAGAGACUGUCGCGUCCGACGCCGCCAAUUCAACAGCACCUGCUCCCUACCUCAAUACAAUGCCUGGAUCUGACUUCAAUUGGCAAGUUACCCUUGCGAAGAAGGUCGUUGCUAUCACAGGGGCAAACCGAGGCAUUGGCCUGGGUAUCGCGGAAGUCUGCCUAGCCAAUUCGGCGAAGAUGGUAUAUUCUUUCGACCUGAUGGAACCGGGUGAAGACUUCUUCACUUUGCAGAAACAAUAUCCCAAUUUCCGCUUUGUUCAGACCGAUGUCACCACCGAGGAGAGUGUCGAGAAGGCCAUUAACCAGGUCGUUGAGGAGACAGGCCGCAUCGACGGUCUAGUAGCCAAUGCUGGCAUGACCAAGCACCAACCUGCCCUCAAAUUCGAGCGGCCCGAGUUGGAGAAGCUCUUCAAUCUCAAUGUCUUCGGUGCCUAUUUUUGCGCUCAGAUCGCCGCUCGCAAGUUUAUAGAACUCGGCAUUAAGGGCUCUAUCGUUAUGACUUCUAGCAUGACUUCUUAUCGACCUAACAGGGCCGCUCCAUCUGCACCGUACGGUGCCACCAAGGCUGCCGUUCGCAAUAUGUGCCAUACCCUCGCUAUGGAAUGGAGUCACCACGGCAUUCGCGUUAACAGCAUCAGCCCAGGCUUCGUACGGACGGCCAUGACUUACUAUGUUGAAAAGUCGCCCGAUUGGGAUAUAAAGAUGCAAUAUUAUGGGGGUAUGCCGCGUCUGGCAGAUCCUCGAGAGCUUGGUGGUGCAUAUGUGUAUUUGCUGAGUGACGCGAGCUCCUACACGACGGGCAUUGACAUUCCGAUUGCGGGUAUCGUUGGCGCGUGGUAG